AUGGAUUCUAUCACUGCAGAGGAGUAUCUCAACAACCAGCUCCAGCUGGAAAAAGAGGCCCGCCAGCUGAUGCCGUACGAUCCCAAAGUAUGCACGUACUCACUGGGGCCAAUCAGACAGCAGAUAUACGCCUGUUUGACGUGCUCGCGUCAGAAUGGCCAUCCGGUUGGCGUAUGCUACGCGUGCUCCAUCCAGUGCCACACGUCGCACGAUCUUGUGGAGCUAUUUGCAAAAAGAUCGUUCACGUGCGACUGCGGGACCAAGAGGACAGAGAAGCACGGCGUUUGCUCUCUAAGAACCGCCAUUGGCAAGAAGACCACCAUCAACAAGGACCACCUGCCUACUGACAUUCCCUCGAGCACCAACGUGUACAACCACAAUUACGACGGCACGUUCUGCGAUUGUCGCAAAAGAUACGACCCUACAGACGACAGCAACAUGUUCCAGUGUGCUUUUGGGGACGCGUGCGGAGAAGACUGGUUCCACGAGGAAUGCAUCAUGGGAAUGCGGCCCGGGGACGUCAAUCGGCGCCAGAUCAAGGAAGAGGGCACGAACAAGCUGGAAUCACUAUCUGAGCCGGGGCUGGAUGCACAGGAGGACCAAAAACACAGAGAGUUGCCGGAGAUUCUACCCCUGCCAGGGUUUCCUGAUCUGGACGACUUUGACACCAUUAUCUGCUGGAAAUGCGUCCAGAAAUACAGGAAGGAGAUGGAGAUUUUUGCAAAAGAGCUGGGGUGCGAGACGAUUACCAGAAAGCCGAAAACUGAGCCGGAACAGGCCAAACGAGCCAGGACAGAGCCGUCGUUCACUAUUUUCCUAAAAGACAACUUCAAAGACCAGUUACAGAAACUAAUCACAGAAAACAAACCCGAAAUCAAGCCGCUGAUCUCCUUCCUCAAGGUGCACACGUACCUGUACCUCGAGGACUCGGUUUACAAGCCGCCGGAGGACGAGGACGACGACUCGUCGAUAUUCGAGCUGGGGCUGCGCAACCUCAGCAGAUUGCCCGUGGAGAGCGCGAUUUCGAGCGUGCACGCGUACGAGAAGGUGAAGAGCAAGCUGACGGAGUUUCUGCGGCCGUUUGCAGAGCAGAACAAGGUCGUCACGGAGGAAGAAAUACGCUCGUUUUUCAACGGCAUGGAGUGA